AUGAAUUCUAUAAAAGUGGGUUGCGACUUAAGGACUUUGGGAAAAUGUGGGUCCCAGAGUGAGAGCAGUUGAGAACCACUGCUUUAGAGGGAUCCUUCUGGAGUUAUCUUUUUAUACCCAGUCAUGUUGCUGACCUGUUGCAAAUUAACCUGAUUGGCUGAAGAUGUUCCUCCUGAGUCAAUUAUUCAAUAUAAACUACAUAUAUCUUUAUUUUUCUGUUUUAGCUAUUCAUUCAGUGCUUUAGUUCAGUGUUUGUUGCCUCUGUCCCAACUUUUUUGAAAGUGUUGAACAUGUAUUUUUUUUCUAGGACUAUAGUGAUUAAUCCCUAAGACUGUUUUAACAACUGCACUAAGUCACACUCCACCUUUAAGUCCUAUGUGUUUGACUGAUACCUCUCAAAAAAUCUUUAGAAAUGUAAAAACAUGUUCAGUUUUUUUUUCCCUUUAAAAACAGACCCUGGUCUUUAGUCUUUCACACUCUUGAAGCAGAUGUGAGCAGAGGUUUCUGGAGGUCCGGGUCGUGAGAAGGUGUACCGCUGAUGCCCCUCCUAACUCUGUGAUGCUGCAGCCCGCAGCAGUCUGUGUCCAGCCGCGUCUCUCCAGCGUCUCCGUCCAGCCUCCACUCUCCACUCUUCUCCACCCUGAAGUAACUCCAACAAACCUGGAGGACCUCCUGAGAGGAUUAUACCCCGUUUCGCGUGUUUUGGUUCGGAUUACGGAAACGCCGCUGCGGUCCUGUUGUUGUAGGGAGGACUUUCGGUAAAUACGGUGCCAGUGCUCGCGCUUAGUGCUCGCGCUGUUUGGUUUCGACGAUGAGACUUGGAGCAGUUUCCAAACUUCUUUAUUUCCUUUUGUUUUUGCUUCCUAAUGCAGUGCACGCUCAGACAGGUAAGAUAACCUCCUCUGUUAGUCAGAAACUCAGGUGUGAAUUGUUUGUGCGUGGUGCUAAAUGUGUUUACGCGCUGUUUUCACGCAUCUUGCCUCACUAUUUUGAGGUGUUCCUGUAGACUUGCUUAUCUUUCUUAAAGUUAACAUAAGAAUUAGUAAAAAGACAAAUAAAGCACUUUUAAUUACAAUCUCACCAACUACUCUGAGUCUACGGGGAUUUUCUUUUUAUUACUGUGCCAACAAGAAGCUAAAAUCUCCUCAUCCAUCAUGUACCUGUCUUCCAAGGCCACAUACCUCCUAGUCUCAGGGUCAAAGUGAAGAUGUAUUAUGCUGUCACGGAGAACAGAAGAAGCAGUUCACCAUCUUGUCUCCUGGCACAGGGGAUGUGGACUUUUAGGAGGUUCCUGUCCAGCUCAUGAGGAUUAAAGAGACCAGGUGCUGAGAAUAAAGAUGGAUGUCUAUAAGCAGCUCUGACAGCGCCUGUCGUCCCUCUCAGCAGCUUCUUUGCCUGUCACUGCCUUGGCACAUUAACUCAGGCUAUCACCUUUCACUUGACCUUCAAGGUCAGGGCCAGAAAACAUUGAGGUGGUGCACAGUAGCCCAUGGCCUCAUGGUUCUUUUUUCUUCCCUCCUGAUUUCACUUUUGCGGCCACAUGCUCCAUUGGUUUUGUUUCUGUACUGAUUACCUGCACUGUAAACCUCAAACCCCUCGUGUGUCUUUGGAGCUCAGUCAACCAUCCCCACUUCCUGCUAUGUGCAAUAACUUCUUCGCUUGGAAGUCUUUAGGUAUGCUACUGUAAGACUUGGAAACGCUCCCCCUUAAGUCUACCACCCUGUUUGGUAGCUGUGGGCGGCUAUGAAAAGCUCUGGCUAAUCCUUAAUUAUCACUUUCUGACAACCCUUGAAAAUCUGUGAUUUGUUUGCUUUAGUUGUGUUGAAAUAUUAGUUGCUGUUUUCCAUUGUGUUUUACCGGUUCAGAGGUUCAGAUACAAUUUGACAUGAUAUAAUAAAACAUUGAUGAUAUAUGAUACUUCUUUGAUCUUGAUGCUGUUAAAUGGACGCUUAGACUAAUCUGUUAACUUAAGUAGUUCUUUAGUUUACUCAAAUGUCAACCCAGAAAUACUCAAAUCUAAUGACUUUAAACUAACUGUUAAUUUUUGCAGAUUUUGGCGCAAUUUUCAGACAAAUUUGUACGUCUUAUCUCUUCGCUGAUCUUAACUUAGACAUGUGUGGAUAAUACUUUCAGACAAGAUCCUUCCUGCUUUACUUUAACAGUCAUAUGUCUUGUUGUGAACAUUUGCUUCAUGUGGACAAUAUAAAGUUUUUUGUGAUUGCUGUGAUUGUUAUCGCCUGACAACUACCCCAUGAUUACCCAAACUCCAGUAUAUAAAUGCAGACUUUCUGUGUGCAGAUGUAUGAUGACCUUGUAUUUAUUGGCUGCUGUAAUGAUGUCAAAACACUCACACUGUGUGUUUAAGAGUCCUCCUUUAACCUUUAACCUCUUGACCUUCUUUCCCUCCCUGUAGCAGUUUUAGGACUUCCUUCCAAAGAAAAAAAAGGUCUCACUCUUGAAUCAUCCAGUAGUCCUAAUAGAGUUACCCUAAAACUGACAUGACUGAUCGUCAAACAGAUCCCAUAAUGUAUCCACUCCUCAAAAAGUCUUAAAAAUGUCUUUCUCUAAUCUAAGACUACUGACACGGUUUGUUUAUCUCUGGUACUUAUGUUGCUCCUCUGUCCUGACCUCCAGUACUCCCUCCAGAAUGUGCACCAGGAGGCCACUCCAUCCUCCAGAACCCCUACCGCAGCACCACCUUCAGCUCCAGCUGGCUGCAGCAGUCCGCCCUGCAGGACUUCAUCUGUGACCACUCCCUCUCUCCAGGAUGGUACCAGUUUCAGAUUUUUGACAAGCCGGCGAGCAUGCCCACCCAGUGUGUGGAGGUACACGAUCCUUUGUUUUCUAAAGGUUCUUGAUGGACAAAUAGUGGAUUGAAUUCGAAGACACGUCAAUUAUUUUAUUGAUCAUUCUGUCAGUCCAUUUGUUUCAGUUUGAGUCUGAUUAUUUUCACAUCUCGAGCCAAUAAAUCAUAUCCAGUGUACAUUAUGCUUCAACCAUCUUCACUUAUGUUAAAAUUAUCUUGGUUUGAAGUCUGACCUCAUCAGUCCUGAGCUUUAAGGUGCAAUUCAAGGACUCCAAACUGCUGAAGAUUAAGUUUCUCAAACCUUCUAGUUUGAGGGUAAAGUUCCAACAUUUUAUAGAAACUGUUACCCUCCAUAGAUGUAAGAAUCAGGUCGUUUUGCACACACAAUGAGGCACAAAAACAAAUUUACACAGAAAUUAAUCAAAGGUGGGUUCUCUUUUUUCAAUAUGGUUCAAUUUUGACAAAAAUCAGAGUUCAUAAGUGUAGUAUUUAAGCAGAAAGUUCCCAAAUUUCAAUAUGUGCCAGCUGUGACCUCAAUAAAGGUUGUAAAACUCUCCUGACCCUGACCCCCAUUUAGAGAGUUUUCAGUUUACUGCAUCUAUCGCUCCUUGGUUUGCCUUUUGUCUCUGUUUUAGUUCAUUACAUCAGAUUUGUCAUUUUUUAAGUGUUUAUGUUGUUGUUUCUCAGAAGUGUAAGUAUAUCAGCCUUUCCAAAUCUCUCAUGACUCCUUGUACAACCUCAUGUGGAGACUCUGAGGUGGUCUCUCUCUGUCCUCACCUGGAUGAGAAGAUCUUCAUGUCUGCAAGCAUGACUGAGUUUGGACACACACACAGUUAUCAGUGUGGGUCUUGUGCACAUGAUGAAGGAGAGAGCAAGGAGAGCUGGAAUGUGUCUCAUUUCCUGCGGCGGCCCGCUGUGAGGAGACCGCAGGAUCCAUCUGAAGUGUCAGCCUCGCUCUGCCUUCCCAGGGCAUCGCUGCUCUCCUUGGGUGAUGGAUCUCCGCAGGAGUAGGUGGAGGAAGGAAGAGAGGAUCGCUGUGAACAUGUGUUACACUAUGAGAUGACGUCUUUGAGAUGAUGGUGGAUAAACGGUUGGAUUUGUCAGGCCAGCAGGAGCGUUGUAAAAAUCUCAUCCAGAUUUAUCACAUUUUGAGACUUGUCUUGAAACAAAAUGAGAAGGUUUCAUCAAUUUUCCUUUCACACAGUCAAAAUAUGCUCAAAAUUGUGUGAAUUUCUGUCUCCUUAAACAUGCAGGUGAACCACUGUGGGACCCAGGCUCCUGUGUGGCUGUCUCUGGCUGAGGGCGAGUCCCUGCCAGGACCUCUGGAGGUCAGACAGCUGACGGCUUGUGCCGCCUGGCAGCUUUUCCCGAGCAACAACAGAGACUGCUGCAUGUUCCGAAUCCCGGUAUCUGUCCGAAACUGUGGAGACUUCUUCGUUUACCUGCUCCAGCCCACACAGGGAUGCAUGGGAUACUGUGCAGAGGGUAUGUCGAAUCAGAGAGACACUAUUUAUAAUCAUCCUAUCUAACAGUUUGAUAUUGUUUGAGGAUAUAAGAGAAGCAUCAUAAGUUCAUAUAUCUUAUCAGCAUGCAAAGAUAGAGAGCAGUACAGUUAGAGUCAUCUUUAUAAGAUGUCAAAGUGAGGAUAAAGCUCAGUUUGCUCCAAAAAAUCUCAUCCCAAGUUGGAAGAUGAUUCAGUUUUUGGAGUUUUGGAGCAGUCGUUUAUCACAGCUGAGACAUGCUGCCCUGCUGACGGGACACACUGACCAGAGCCAAGUCUGCCAGGUCCAUUACUCUCUAUAUUAGAGCUCUUCAGAGUGUAGUAUAUUCGUUAUAGCAUGGCCAUGCACAACAGCAAGUAUAGCUCUGUUGCCAACUUGUCAUCUGUUUUUUUUGCAAGUUUUUUUCGAGCCUGCAGGAUUUUUUUGUUGGGUUUGUUUGUUGUGUUGAAUCAUGAUACAGGCCACAGCAGAAAUGGUUGCAAAAGUGAUAUGGCAGCUUGGUAAACCUCUCACACUGAUUUAGAAACAUAGAAUUAAAGCUAAUUUCAAUAUGACCAUCUAGCAUCGCUGUUUAUAACCAGUUUAAAAUGUAACUAUUAGCCUGCUGCCCAAGACGUUUGAGAUGGUUCACUCCUGCUUCAUGCUUUGUAUCAGUCUGCAGUUUAUCACGCCGAUUCUAAAUGUGCAUAAAAGUCUUGAAAAGAAGAAAACCGCAGCAUCUGAUAGGUAAUGAUAAAGUCAUCUUAAUUACACCUAACAAGGGUUUCACAAAGGUAUAUGACAACCAGCUAAAAUGAAUCAAACACAGAGGACUCUAGAACUAAAAUGAGUAAAUUGAAGUUAAAACUAAUCAACAAACUAACCGACAGUUAUAAAAAAGAAAAAUAAACAGACAAUGAAGAAACUUAAUCAGAGCGAUAAAUUCUGUUUACAUCUCCAAAAAGGAUAGUGAAGAGGUAACCCUAAUUGAACCCCAUGUGAAAAUCAGUAAUCAAUGAUCCAAUCGGCUUCCUGUUUUUGUAUACCAGCGUUUAUGAAAAUGAUCAUCUUCUAAAGACUGUUUGAUUUGCAGUUUACAUGAAUUUACACCAUAAACAUAUAAGCUUACAUAGACAUCCAAAAAACAAAGAUAUCUAUAUAAGUAAAUAAUCAAAAUUUAACAAUGAAAAAAAAAACAAACAGACCCAAACAACAUAGAGACCCUGACACAGACAAAAAACCAUCAACCAGGAAACCGAAACACCAAUCAACACAACAGACGUUACAAACACAAAAAUGACUCAAACAACAAAAUAACAUAAAGGACCAUGAACAAAAACGAUGAAGAAGAAUCAAAACAACCACAAUCACAUAACUAAAAUAACCCAAAUAACAUGAAAACCCUCAAAUCUUCGAGACAGCCCUUUAAUUUGGUUACCUGGUUUGUUUCUUCUGGCUUCAUAGAUCAGUAGAACUGGGUGUCAUCUGCAUAACUGUGAAAAUUAAUUGAGUAUUUCCUCAUAAUUUUACCCAGAGGAAGCUUAAACAAAGUAAAAAGAAUCGGUCCAAGCACUGACCCUUGUGGGACCCCGUAGCAGACAUUGGUGUGUGCAGAGGAUUUAUCAAUAACAUGGACAAACUGAGAUCGAUCCGAUAGAUUUAAACCAGGAUAGAGCGGGUUCCGAGCAUCAACUUUUGCAUGGCAGUUGUUGUUUUUUACGUGUGUCACAUUAAAAGGUUAGUUUGCACCAUAUAACCAUGUUGGAUAAUCUGUUAUGUUCAAUGUGGAUUCAUAAUUUGCUGUUUUUCCACUCUCCUGUCUACAUAACAGAGAUGUCAGACGCAGUGCCCACGUCGCCGCUGACCUGUGGCCCUGAUGAGGUUGACGUGGAUGGAACAUGUAAAAGUGAGUUUCCUGCUGCUGUGUUUAUGGCCUGCGCUUGUCUCCUCAUGUUAGGUCAAACACCAAAACAAUCAGGAGGUCAGGGAGUUGCCAUGCGGUCAGGAAUGCACCGUCGGCCCCCUCACCGUUCCUCUUAAUGAGCUGAGCAUGUGUCCCCGGCGUCCGCUGGGCCGCGUCUCCGUGGCAACGGCCCUCAGCAAGGUCGUGAAUUACACCAAGGCAGGUUUCAGGAAGCAUGCAGAGGAGGAAAGGAAGAAAAGAGUGAGGAGGGAUGAUUAAUUGGAUUAAUUAGAAAAAGAAGUAUUAUGGAACGAAGUCAUUAACUUCUGUAAUGUAAUAGACUCCAUGACUCACUUUUCUUCAUUUGGAUUCAGAGAGAAGACCUCGCUGAAUAUUUUACAGAGUGUUUUGUUUUGUUGAUGACUCAAAGACAUCCAUUUUACUGAAAUCUAAGCUCUAAAGUAGCCGUGAAAACUAUGAAACUCUCUCCCUCUCUCCUGUCAGCAAAGCAGCCUCCCACUCCCUCCGUACCGGUGAUCCUCUCAGAGGUAACCGGAAACAUGGUCUACCUGAAGUGCAGCUUUGACGGCAGCUUUAACAGCUCUCUGGGUUACGUGGUGGUCUGGUCCCGUCUCUCACCUGAGGGCCGGAGGGAGGAGCUCAAACAGGAAACCACAAUCCAGACCGCCGACUUCAUCGAGCUGGACGGCUUCAACCUCCGUCUGGGUGACAAGGUCGGACGCUGCGUUCAUCAUUCAGCGUUUAAGUGCAAAAUAAUGUUGGACCUGUGUAUGACCUGUUCUUCCUAACUUUGAAACCAGUGUCAAAGUUAAAGUGUUCAAGAAGGUGUCAUUUCUUUUUCUCUCUCCCUCUCUCAGAUUUACUGCUCCUGCUCCAGUUUCUUCUUAGACUCCCCUGAUGUCCACAGUGCUUUGGUGGAAAGUCAGGAAUUCUUUGCUGGGAUAAGGGUAAAUCACAGCAAUUGGAGUUUGUAAUUUGGAGUCUAUUUGAAUCAAAGAUAUGACCUUUACUGGUGCAGCAAUCUUAUUGUUGCAGAUCAAUUUAACGCAGUAUGAAACAGACUAAACAUUACACGAUUACUUGUUUAUAUUCACAAGACAAAGCUCGUUUAAACCUCUCGAUCACAAGUUUCAUACGUUGCUGUUAAUGUUUCUUUAUAUACAGUCUGACCAGAUUAAUUGUGUUGUUUUGUUUCCGUAAGAUAAGACCAGAGGUGAACAGUGUGUCUGAGGAUGGGAGGUUAUAUGAGUUGGUGGUUGAGAGCACAGUUCCUGUCCCGUGUCCCGGAGAUUCCUCCUCCUCUACAGAGCGGUGCUCUCUGUCUCUAAAGCUCAGCACCAGCAGUCAAGGUGAGAACAGACAGAAACACGAUGGGAAUUCAUUUUUCACCAAAACUCGUGAGCUGCUUGCUCUGUCUCUGUAACAAAGAGAACAGGCCAGAUCUGCUCUUUGGUUUUAUUUGGCUCUAUCUGAGCAAAAGCUGAUUAAUCAACAUUCAUGUGGCAGAAAUACUAUUUGUGGGGUAAAAUGACUCAAGUUUUUGGCAGAUUUUACAGCUUUUUAUAUUAUUUAUAUCUAAUUUUUGUGUCAGACAUACAACACAUAACUAGUGUGAUUAAUAUAUCCUACAUUACAUGGUGAAGCACUGUUAUUCAAAACAACGUAAAGGCAGCUGCAUCAGGUCUAAAUCUGUAAUUUUAGAAGUAUCCGUGAUGUUUUCAGUAGCAGAUUACAUUUAAUCUGACCAAAGUACUCUUAUUUGUAUAAUUCACAAACAUUCAAAUACAGUUCUUUGUCUGAUCAUCAUGUAAACUAAAAUUUCAGUCUUUGUCGUGCUACAGAUGACAGCGUCUUGGGUUCAGAUCUGUCUCUGUCCUCCUGUGUGGUGGACCUGAUCCCGGGCUCCUGCAGGGAUGGGAUCUGCAGCCGAGCUUUGAUCCACUUCAGCCCCGUCACUGACUUUGUCAAAGACGGCAACAGGACAACUCAGAUAUCUGCUAAACCCAUCACCACCGAGAACUUUCUCUGGAACGGAUACUCACCUGAGCCGGCGGAGGUACACAGAUAAAUAUUUAUUUAUUUCUAUGUACAUUUUGGUUUUAAUUUUGAUUCAUGCUCAGUUUGGAUGUUACCUUAUUGUUAUAUUUAGAUUUGCAUUAGAGAGGCAUCUUCAUCUUUCUGUACUGUGAGUUUGUAUUCACAGGAAUCUUAAUUUUGGUCUCUCACAGAUAACAGUGAAGGACGUCCCUUCAGCUUACUGCUACGCCUUCACUGAUCCACACAUGAUCACUUUUGAUGGCAGGUACUUCCCUCUCUGCUUUGUCAGUCUGAAAACACGCUUUCUAUGAACAACUAACUUUACUACCUGAAACUGUUGAUAAAACAAAAAAAAAAAAAGAAAAAACUUUUGUCGGUUUUUCUCUUGCAAGAUCAUUUCCGCAGAUUAUUAAAGAUCCCGGAAAGUCUUUAAAUAGAGUUUUUAGAGUUUAAGGUGAUAAAAAAAGUCCUGUGAUAUAAAGAAAUAUCCUCUAAGCUUUACUCCUGUCUUUGUUUAUGAACAGACGCUUCGAAAACUAUCAAAUCGGCACUUUUGUCCUCUACAAGAGCAGCUUGUGGUCCUUCGAGGUUCAUGUUCGUCAAUGGGAGUGCGGCAGUGUCGUGCACAGCGCUUCCUGCGUGUGCGGAUUCGUGGUGCGGGACGGCGGGGAUGUUGUUGCUUUUGACAUGUGCAGCGGAGAAAUGGGGGAAACCAAACCUCACCUUUCUGUGAAGAACAGAGACCUGAGCAAGAGCGGCGUUCGCAUCACAGAGUCCUACCAGGGACGCAAAGUCACGGUAAGUGAGGAGGAGUUGGAGAUAUACACUUGAAAAGAUGCUGUAGUUCUUCACCAGAGCUCACUUUAAUCUUUUAUUAAUGGAGCUACCUGGGAGCUGAUGAAGAUAUCCUGAUCUCCUGUGAAUGUUUCACAGAUGACCUUCUCAUCAGGAGCGUUUGUUCGCGCAGACGUGUCUAAUUGGGGGAUGAGUCUGACCCUGAGAGCUCCCGGUUCAGAUCAGGGUCACACCGAGGGACUGUGCGGUUCUUACGAUGGAAAGCCAGACAACGACUUCCAAACAGCAGGGGGCGCCAUACUUGAGGAUCCGUACGCUUUUGUGUCUGCGUGGAGGUCAGUGCUGUUUUUCUGGACAGAAAUUAAUAUAACAAAGCAUCGAAGACAAAAAAUAAUCAUCCUCUGUAGUAUUAAAGUCUUUUCAAUAACAGAAGACCUAAAUACAAUGUAGAAGAAAUCAAGAACAUCAGAUGACGGACAGAUGGUUCAAAGCCUGUGAGGGAGAGGCUAAAGAGAGUAAUAAAAAUUAGGGAGGCUAGCUAACAUAAGAUAGUGUCAUGGAGUCCUCAGUCUGUAGAGAACUUCAAUAUUUAACCCACUUGGCUCAGAGUUUCAGAAUUUAACAAACAACAAGCACUAAUUAGACUGACAGUCUCCUCGGUUUUGGGAAAGGCUGCAGGGAGCUGUGUUUCACCCUGACAAUGUCAUAACCAAGACUGUCUGUAAAUAUAACUAUAAACUGAACUGAUUUGUCCACCUCAUCUAUUCCCAUGGAUUAAAGUUGGCAUUUAUCAAGUUAUGUAAGAAAGAUAAGCAGGAAAUUCCAGGGGUGAAAAUUCAAGCCCAAGCUGGAAGUUUUACAAUCUGCAGUUCCUUCAAUGACCACUUGGAGCUGCCUUCAAAGAGAGUCAACCAUCCUCCUCAACUUGACAGUAGAUAUUCGGGUUUACUACCUGAUUAAAGCCUGGUAAUGGUCGUUAUUGUCUUAAAUCUGAAGUGGGAAAGCAGGGUUUUAGAUUUUUGCUGAUUUCUGAUAUGCCAGUAUCUUUUAUCUCACUCAGGCGGACUGAUGUUGAUGACAAAAUAAUUUUUUCCCCAUGAAAACAACUGCUCACUUUUUAACUAGAAGCUUUAAGUGUUUAAUUUGCAUUUUUCCACCACUCCUCGUCAGAGAAUCAAGUACAGGAGCCAAGGAUCCCCCAUCAGGUCUGCAAAGAGCCUGCUGUCAAACACUGUUGCCUCCUCACUGACAUCUUCUCCUCUGCUCUCUCAGACUCCCUCCAGGCAGCAGCCUGUUUGACACCGUGCCAUCCCACCUGAGCCCCCUGAGCCCCCACAGGUUCUGUAACUGUCAGGCAGAGCCCCGCCCCGCAUCCCCCAGAGCCCGAUCUCAACAAGCCACCUCCUCAGACUCCACCUGCUCUCAUCGCGGCAACGUGCGUCUCUCUGGUGUCAUCCCCACUCUGGAUGUCACGGCUGAGUACAUCAGCUCAGUGGAACUACUCACAGGUGAUGGAAAUGACAGACAGCUGCUGCCUCCGGGUCAAACCAGCCAAAACACCCGGAGUGGAGGUCGUGAUGCUCGGUCCAGGGACAGAGCUUCACUGUCAGCUCACACUCAGCGGCGUAGAGGCAGACGGCAGACCCAUCGUUUUGUUUCUAACUCUCCACACCAAAGCCUCAGCCAGUCUGAUCUAGAAGGAUUCACCUACUUUUUCCCAGAGGACCAUGAAGCUGCAGUUCAGCCUGACUCCUCACUAACCUGGCCCACACCAUCCGGCCUGACCGCCCAGCAGGCCAAGUCUCAGUGCCAGCAGGCCGUGGCGAACUCAAGCAUAGCGACAGGCUGCAGGCGUCUAUUAGAAGAGUCGGUGAUCAGCAGCGCUGUCAGCAUGUGUGUUACCGACCUGCAGCUGAAGGAUGAGCUGUCAUGGCUGAACGCAACAUUACCUCUGCUAGAGAACGAGUGUGAGAGGAGGCUGGUGGAGGAGAGGAGGAGAGAGGAAGAGUUCCAGGAUGUCCUCUCUGUCCUCAAGUGUCCAAACUUAUGCAACUGGAACGGCCAGUGCUCCGAGUGGGGAUGUGUCUGCUUCCCCGGGUUUGGCUCGUAUGACUGCAGCGUGCUGGCUGGUAACCCAUGAAACAUACACUCACACAGAAACACAGUCCAUUAGAAGUAAUUGUUUAAACUGAUGAAUAACGACAACAGCGACAUUUGACUAUUAAAAGUCAGCAGAAUAAGUUUAAAGUAUUUUUCGGACGAUAAGGCGCACUUAAAAUCUUUACAUCGUCUCAAAAAUUGACAGUGUGCCUUAUAAUCCAGCGCUCCUUAUGUAUGAUUACAUGAUUUUACGUGUUACAAUGCGCUCAAAAAUCUGUCGAAAUGUGUAACUAAGACUUUGGUAAGCAAUGAAGCCGCUCCACUCAACGGAUAUUAGGGAGGCUAGCAUUACGGUACGCUGUGUCACUACCUGAUCGGCCCCGUAACAGGAUCCCUGAGCAGUCUACAAGACUGCCUGACUGUGAUGUCUAAACCAGAAGUGCAUUCAUGUAAGGCAGCCUGGGCCCGGAGUACGUGAUAGCAACAAUAAACCCAUCGAUGCUUAAUGCGCCUUACAAUCCGAUGUGCCUUAUGUGUGAACAAAGACACAUUAAAUCACAGUGCGCUGUAUGAUCCGGUGCGCCUUACUGUCUGAAUAAUACAGUGAUAUUACAGUAAUCCCUUAAGAUAAACAAUAACCGUUUUGUCCACAGGGGGCGCCAAAAUUGACAUAAACCAAAAGUUCCUCACAGGAGCUCUAAACAUGUAGAGUUCAUAACAAAAAACAACGAUAACAAACUUAGGUCUAGAACUCAUAUAGAGGAUAUCCUUAACUCAAAGACAUUAGAUUAAAUGAAGCCGGAUGUAAACUGAACUUUCAGCUUUCUUUUGGCGUAGGAAAAAAUACUAGAUGUUCACUUUGUCCACUACUUUUUUCCCCUUGAUUGUCAACAUGUCAGCAAGUUAUUUGAUCCCUCUGUGGGCAAAAACUCAUGGAGGAAAGUAUGUUACAAAGCUUAAACAUUAGUAUGGAAAGUCUAUUUCAUGAAAACACUGCCAAAGAAACUCCUACGAAGCUCAACUGUGGCGUCAAUCAACAUUCUGUACUUUGUGUACCGGGUCACAUCGGAGUCAGAAGUGUAACUUUAAAAAACGACCUUUUAUGACAAAUGUUAAUACAGUUGUUAACGAAAAAGUGAUUAAAUGGAAGAUAAUGGAGUCACUUAACUUGAUUGCACAUUUUCUAAGACUUAUUAGACUUAAUGACCUGGUUCAGUCAGGUUCAAUUCCUGUUUUUGAUUAACUUUUGCUCUAAAAUGAAUUUAAAAUUUUACUCAUGUCUGUUAACAACCCUGAAUUCAUGUGAAAUCUUCUCACUGGAGUGUUGUUGUAGCUAACCGAAGAAACAGACGCCGUAUUUGAGAUGUUUUUCUGUCAGUUAUUAACUUUAAUUUUAGUUAUUUACUUAAAUAUGUCAUCCGGCUGAAGAACUUUAUCACAAAACAAACAUCCAGCUGAGUCUCAGGGGCCACUGGCCAGACAGUAUCGACAGCUGAUAGUACAUUCACAAUUCCAAACCCAGCCAAAGCUAUUUAAAACAUUAAAUUGACCUACAUCCUCACUUAAUAUGUCAGUGAUAUAUUUGGCAGUCAUCUGCACACAUCUGUCUUUCCACAUGUCUCCGUGUUUGAUGACAGUGUUAAGACCAGGCUGUAAAUUCUGAGGUCUAACAGUCUGUCGGUCUGCUCUUCUUCUCCGUGGUUGGUGUCAUGAAGACCAGAUCCCAGAGAUCACCGAGCUGGAGAAAGAGGGUCUGUGUGACAUCCGGCAGGGAGACUGCUCCACCGUCCAGGUGUACGGUCAGGGCUUCAAGGAGUCUUACGAGCUCAAGUGUGAGUUUGUUAAAGAAAAGGUACUUGGUUUCUGUUUCUUGGUCUCUGACAGCUGAAAUAUUGAAUUACAUUGAAUAGAAAACUGUUUAUUUUUAAGUCGUUGAAUCGUCACUGUACUUAAGAACCAGAGUGUCAAAUGUCGUCAAAAAUAAAAGGGGACGCUGCUGACUGAGUGGUCUACAAGCGCGCCCCUUAGGCAAAGGUCAUGUCUCGAGUGGCCAGCCUGACCUGUGGCUCCUUUCCACACGUCAUCCCCUGCCUGUUCACCCUGAUUCUUACUCCAUCUGUCGUUCUAUCGUGUCAAAAAUUGUCAAAAAUUGAUCAUGUAAAGUCAAAGUGAUGGGAGCUGAAAUGUCAAAGUCCUGUCGAUGCAGAAACUCUCUUUCCUGUCCUUCACUGUCCCACGUUAACCUUUUCUUUGUACCUCCCCACCCUCUCUUACUCCCCCCUCUCCUCCCUGUGUGUCUCUUGUCAAGUUCGUGGAUGGAAAUUGGGUUUUGGAUGAGCCCCAGUUUGUCCGGGCCGUCUUUCUGGAUGUGACAGCUCUGGAGUGUCAGCUCCCCCUGCAGGACAACCCGGCUUUUGCAGACCUGGACCUGGAAAGUGUGAAAAACAGACCCCUGGCCCGCUGGCAGAUCAAAGUCAGUUGUGUUGCUGACUGUGUCUUUACCGCAGAAUGUAACAAAUCGCUAAUAUUUGUCCUCCUCCAUUACUUCUCAUUGUCCUCUCUGAGGCGUCUGUCUCCCAGCCUGUAGUCUUUGUGUCCUUUUUUUGUUUUCGUACGAGAUCAGACGAUAAACUAUAUAUAAUAAUAGACAGAUGGGAAAGUUGCUUUCAACCUUAGCUGCAGUUGAGGACAGAGUCCACAGCUGGAGGAUUUCACGAGAACUCCCUCGUGUCAAACUGUAGAAACUUUGUGUUUGAACUUGCUGUUGUGUGUCUUAAUUCUGUUGUUGAAUUUAAGGCAAAUUAAUAAAAACUAACUCUUUUAGUUCAUCCAGUUCACUCCACUGCGUGUCACUAAGUUUCUUCUGAUUGCAGGUUUCCAACGACGGUUACAGCUACAGUAACGCCAAGAUUCUGACUCUGUACGACGGAGCCUGCCAGAUCUGCAGCCUCAACACUGAAGUGCUCUGCACCCUCAGGGUGAGACGGCUUUCUUUACAAGGAUAGGAGUUUAAGACGUGGAUCAAAAAGAUGAAAUAUCUCUUAAGUCAGAUUUUCCUCUCUGCAGGCUGCUUCCCUUCAUCUUUCUAAACAUCAAAUCUUCAUCCAUUCAUUCAGUCCCAAACUCUUCAGCGGGGUUUAGAGCUCUGUUUCCUUCGACACUCUUUGAAAUGAUGUGUAAAAUAUGAAAAAGUAGAUAAAACCUCCAGUUUCCAAACUCAGGACUCUACUUUGUUCGAGCCGAAGGGUGGCACCUGCUGUUUAAAAUCACAAACAGCAUUUAUUUGACAGGAAUUAAAUUCAUGGUCAUUAUCCAGCAGAUAAGAAUUAACAAGCAACCGAAGUCAGCCAGUAAAUUAAAAUAUUAAAAAAGAGCUGAAAUCCAUCUCUAGAACAUUUUUAAUCAAUCAGAGGUGAUAUUUUUGCUUUUUCAGACUUUAGGACAUAAUGACAGACAUUUAGAGAGUUUGCAUGUGUCCUUAAAUGCCAUUGAAUUUGAUCUUUGUUCAGUUUUUACGUCCCUAAAGCAGUAAUGCUCUGUAUAAUGCAGUAAUAGUAAAUUAUAAGUACUAUUUUUGAUACAAGUGUGCAUGCAGAGAUGUUUCAGUUAAGGCUCACAGAGUGUUCGUUCCUUCGUCAUACAGUCACUCCGUUUACUGCUGGAUCAACAUGCAGGAAAUUCAUUGAAGUAUCCUGAACUUGUUUGUUGUCUUUUCUUCUCAGGAGAAAACCUGCAACAUCGACGGCUUGUGUUACAGCGAGGGGGAGUCCAAUCCCAGCAGCCCUUGCCUCACAUGUCGCCCAGACUCGUCCAAACACACAUGGUCCAUAGCAGAGAGUACGUACUUUGUUUCUCAUCUGGUUUGUCUCAUGAUCGCAGAAACAGAAGAAGUGGAGACUGAACUUUUCACAGAGUGAGAUGGAAAGAGUUUUCCAUUUGUCACAUCCUCGGUACAGCCGAGGUCGGAUAGCCAUCGCUGAGGUCCCUUUUUUCUCUGGCUCUGGGCUGUUGUGAUAAUUUGUCAGCAGCUCUGUGCAGAUUGGAGUCAUUGAAGUUGUUCAAUCCUGAGGCGCUGAUAUGAGGACGGCUUACCUCAUUGUUACACUUUCAGACCAACUUUAACUUCUGCAACUUAAAGUAGGUCAAACGGUGCUCUGCUCGCGUUAGAAGAAACGACAGAAAAAUGUGUCAUUGACUUUAUUGAGGUUGAAAAAUUUAUCUCAACGAUAACGGCGGGCCAAGGUGUGAAUUAUUGAUAAGGCUGCUCACAAAUCAAGUCUUUUUUUACGCAUUUAGACAAUAAAUUAUUAAAUCUUACAGACUAGUGCUGCUUUGUUUUUGAAGCAAAGUUACAAAAUUUGAUCAAAUCUGCUAUUUCUCAAAGCUUGAUUAAAACUGAGCAUUUUUAUAUCGUCACCUUAAAGCCACCAGGUAGGAAAGAGAGAGAUAUAUAUGAGUAUUAUAAGGAAGCAGGAGGUUCUCAUGAAACUGACAGCUGUAUUAGUGCAGCGUCAGCAGGAGUGGGAGUAAUUCAGUGGAUCUUCGUGGUGAGGAGCGAGCUCAGCCUGAUGACAAAGCUUUUGGUUCAUCGUUUGAUCUGUGUCCCGACCCUUACCUGUGAUCAGGAGCUUUUUGAGAUCCCACAUACAAGCAGCCAGAAUUAGUUAACUCAAAAGGGUGGUGAGGAUCAGCUUCACAGAUCGGGUCAGGAGCGUGGACUUCUGAUUAGAGCCGCUGCUGCUGCUUGGCAUUUAGAGGAAUCGCUCGAGGUAGUGCCAGAAUUUGAUAAGGAUGCUUCCUGGACGCCUCUCAAUGGGUGGAGGCCUCAUGGUAGAGCCAGAGCCUGCUGAAGGGCCGGGUUUAUAUCCCACCUGGCCAGGUAAGGUCCCAGAAUCCCUCAGGAGGAGCUGGAAAAUAUCACAGAGGAGUUAGAUGUUUAGGUUGACCUGCUUCCUCUGAGAUCAAACCAUGAAUAAUCGGGAGAAAAUCAAUAAAUGGACGGAGGAGGAGACUUUUUGUUAAAAACACAACAUUCACGUGGACAGGACAGAGAUCAGAGGUUCUCUUUCUGAAACCUGAAAAUUCUUCUUGAUAAAUUUAACAUUCAUCCUCAUUUUUACAGUUUCCACCACAUGAUUGUUAAAGGGAGUUUGUCUUUUUUGAGUGGGGUUGUUUGAGGUACUUAUGAGUGGCCAACCCAUCGAGGAUGAGGGAACAAGGUGUAAAAUAUCUGUGAAUAUAAACAAUAUAAACUGACUCAAUAACUCAGCUAUAGGUUUGCUGAGAUAUUUAUUUUCUCCUUCUUGUUUCCCUGCAGAGAACGAGCCUCCAGCACUCCAGUCUUUACCGUUCAGUCUCCAGUCAUUCGAAGGGGAGAAUUUCAUCUACCAGCUACAAGCUGAAGACCCUGAGGGCUCCGCUGUGCUCUUCACCCUGGAGUCAGGUCCUGAAGGUGCAUCUCUGUCCCCGGCUGGUCUGCUGAUGUGGAAGGCCACAGCUGAGACUUCAGACACACACAUUUUCCAGUUUUCUGUGGCGGACGACUGUAACGCCGAGACCAGAUCUGGAAUACAGGUAAUGAUGGUUUUCAGAUUCAAAUGAUCAAAGUAAAUCUAUAAUUUACAUGAUGUGUUUAUUUAUGUGUGAGGUGAAGAGGAGUACAGGUUUGUUUGAGUCAACAAAAACAAAGGAUUUAUGUUUUAAAUAGAGCACACAGAUGUUAACACAGACUUCUGAAUAUUAUAUCAUAUUUCUAUAACGUCUGUUCUGCUGAAUACAACACCGUCAGAGGACAGGAGCGAACAUUUUUAACUGCAGCUUUAAAUCAUGACUAUCUUUUUGAAUAUUAUCACUCCUGUGGUCCAGAAACUGCCUCAUCUUUUGACUUUGUCGGAACUGUACUGAUCUUUUUAUCCACUAGAGGGAGCUAGUGAUACAUAGUUUUCUGCUUACAGCCAGUGUUGGAGGUUUCAUCUUUACUAUGUGUCUGAAUUAAAGUAGGAGCAAAUGUUUAUUGAUACCCCGAGCAGAGUUAUCACAAACUACAGGAUGAUUUAAUUUAAUAGUUUUUUGUUGAUGGAUAUAAAAAGGUGCCGGAAAAUCACAGAACUCUUCACGUAUCAGAUGCUUUAAAUUUAAGCUACAGAUAGAUUGACAUGCAUCAUCAUGCACAAUUAUUGGAGCACAAAAAUGUUGUUUUACUUAACAGGUUGUGUAUCGACUGCAUUUUAAUCACAUGCACUGAUACGCCACAUUCUGUUGUAAAGUUUUAUGUUUGUUGUUUUAGACCAGAUGAUGAAUCAGACUAAAUCUGUGCAAAUGAAGCAGCAUCUUCCUCCUUCUUCUUCACCAGGUGUCGGUGCGCUCCUGUGAAUGUCUGAAUGGAGCUUCCUGUGUGACCAACGUCAACCUUCCUGCCGGCAGCGGAGAGUACCGCUGCGUGUGUGUGGAGGGAUUUAGAGGUGAAAGGUGUGAGGUGGACAUCGAUGACUGUAAACCAAACCCCUGCAGGCUGGGCCGCUGUAUCGACGGACCAAACUCCUUCUUCUGUAUCUGCCCUCCUGGAAUGACAGGUAUCAACCCGCAGAUCUCCAUCUCUGUAAAAGUGCAGACUGCAAAAGUUACACAAGUUUGAUGUUGUUUACUUAUAUUUUGGGGGGCUACUUAAGGAGAUAAGAAAAUGUCACAAAAUGUAAGCAACUGGGAAUUUACUCAGCCUGUUUUGAUCAGCAACUCUGAGUCUAGAGAUCAUUAAAAGUUUAAUUUUGAAGUUUGUUUUUUUUAUUAUUGUGACUGAUUCCCGAUCCUGUCAGGCCGCACAUGCAGAGAGGACAUAGAUGAGUGUGUCUCUCAGCCUUGUUCACCUGGAGUGAUCUGUAACAACACCCUGGGCUCCUUCGUCUGCGGACUCUGCCCUCAAGGAUACAGCGGUGAUGGGAGAACCUGCACACGUAAGUAACAUCACAUGACACUUCUUGUGCUAUUUGUUAUUAAUAUGAAGAAAGAUAAUCAAUCCAUCCUAUCCUUUCAAUAACAACUAUUUUUGUUUUACCAUUUUGUUUCCAAGGUAACCAGGACUCUCCAGUCAUAGCAGCAAACACGCCUCUAAAACUCCCCCAGGUUCCUCAGAGGUCCAAACCCUCAGGCCCUCCACCGUGCUCCAGGCGGCCGUGUUACCCCGGGGUUCAGUGCUUCGAGAGCACCCAUGUCUCAGCUGGGUUUGUCUGCGGUCCCUGUCCCCCUGGUCUCCAUGGAAAUGGACGGAUAUGCUCAGCGACAGGUGGGACAGAAGCGUGACCUUCAAUAGAGGUCUCCUGAAUGUAAAUGUUGUGGAAAUCCUGCUUUUGAUUUGGGAAUGCUAGUGUUGGUUCGAAAUGAUCCGUCAAGAUUGAUCGUGAAUGAUUGAAAUCUGUCAGCUGUUCAGAUAUGUAUGGGUUUUAUACCAUUAUACUAUUAUAAUGCAACAGUUACUUCCAGUUUUUUUUACAUUCAGAGCAGCAUUUCUGUCUGAACAUGUGCGCAUACCAGUGUUUAUAUUAUACCAUAAUGAUUGAAACUACAGGAAGCGUGCACGUCUGGCACUCUGGAACUAAUCUGUGUCCAUUCUAGUCAAAACUUGUGUUUACAAUAAUCAAAAUUAACGGACAAUCAAACCUACAUCUGCAUGUUUAUAAUUAUCUUCUCUCACAGCUGCAAGAAAUCUAACUUCAUGACUACAGCAAGUUAUCCAUACUCAAAAUCGUCUCCCUGCAGGGGUCACGCUGAACAGAGCAGACCGACCUGAGUAAGAAGUUAAACAUGGAAUAGCUUAUAUAAUGGGGUCCCAACUGUAACACUGAUCAUACAGACGAGGAAAACUCAUUGACGGUUUUGUACACAGUGAUACAGUCUGAAAGUUCCUCACAGGCGCUUGAAAUGAUUCACUGCAAACCCAAAGAUGUAUUUGGUAGUUUUUAAGUCAUGUCCUCUAACUUCCAGUAUUUUACAGGUCAGGCCCCCAGUGGAGCAGACGGUCAGAGUCCCUUCCUCAGAUCAAAUUCCAGCAGAGAUACAACUCCCACCUCCUCCUCUUCUACUUCCUCCUCUUCAUUAUUUCCCACCUCAUCAAGGAGGCCCCCUGACAGGAGGACAAGACCUGAAACCACCAUCUCCAGUAUCAGGAGGACAUCCUACGGCGACAGACGGACCACGGCAACGCCGCAGAAUCAAACUGCAACCAGGGUGUUUGUCCCCACUGUCCACAGAGGUCAGCCCACCGGGGUGGAGCUGAGCCCUGAUCUCACCACAGGGGUCAGAUGGGGGUCUACGUCUCAUUAUGUGACCUGUGCUGACGCUCCCUGCUUCCCUGGUGUUCCCUGUGAGCCGACCGUGACAGGGUCCUUCAGGUGUGGACGCUGCCCGUAUGGAUACACUGGAGAUGGAGUCAUCUGUAAAGGUCUGUUCUGAACCAGGGGGUCUUUGCUGCUGCUCUCCCUGCCUCGACUGAACAAUUAUUUUUGUCGUCCUCCCAUAAAAGUUUAACUCUCUCAUGAUCUCUUUCCAGCUGUCUGCAGGUAUCAGUGUGGGAGGAACAUGGAGUGCUCUCUGCCGAAUACCUGCACCUGUAAGGAGGGCUACACCGGAUACAACUGUCACAUCGGUGAGAAGGAGAGACUUGUGGUCUGAUUAACUUUUGGAGUCCUCUGCAUUUAUUUAGUCUCACUUUUCUCCUCUCCCUCUCAGCUGUGUGUCGACCUGACUGUAAGAACCAGGGAAAGUGUGUGAAACCAAACGUGUGUGAAUGUCCUGUGGGCUACAGUGGACCCACCUGUGAGGAAGGUAACCUAAAGUAAUAACCACAAACACACACUGAGGAGACAAUAUUGAUGAGCGUUUUAAAACUUUUCCAACCUUUUGUCGAUCUGUAGCAAACUGUGAGCCACCUUGUCAACACGGAGGCACCUGUCUGGCCAGGAACUUGUGUACCUGUCCCUACGGCUACGUGGGACCCAGAUGUGAAAUAAGUAGGUUAAGAUUUCACAUUUAUAUCAUGUAUAUAAACACAAAGAUGGGGAAAGAUUUCUUGUUGUAUUGAAUGGAGCAUGUUAGAUCUAAAUAUAGGGCAUACGACAGUGUUAAAGGGAAGGUUAAUUUUAUGCAAGAGUUUGAAAUAUAAAAGAUCAGCACUCAAAUUAGAUCUAAGUUACUCUAAUGUUUGUAUGAUAUGAUCAGCAGCCAACUAAGUAAAGUAGGCAUCUCCCAAAAUCAGGGGUAGACUUGUUGCAGAAUUUAAGUCUCUUUGCUGAUGAAGUUUUGCUCGCAGUAGCUGACACUUUGCGUAUAAUUUUGUAUGUGUUUAUUUCUUUCAGUGGUGUGUAACAGGCACUGUGAAAAUGGAGGUGAAUGUGUUUCUCCUGAUGUCUGCAAAUGCAAACCUGGCUGGUACGGACCGACAUGUAACUCAGGUACCCGAUACAGAGCCUUUCUCUGCAAAGAGUCAAAAUAGAAACACUAUGUUUGUUUGGUAUCUGAAUUCUGCUUCUUGUGUCUUCACAGCUCUGUGUAACCCGUUCUGUCUGAAUGGAGGAUCCUGCAUCAGACCCGACAUCUGUUCCUGUCCCGGCGGCUUUUACGGCUCUCAGUGUCAAAUCGGUAAAUGCUCAGUCUGUGCGACGAAACAGAUGAACUAUAUAGACAACUGAAAGCUUUAUCCAUCCUUUCUGCUCUGAGAGUUUGAGUUUACUUCAUGACCCUCUUCAGCACACUGUCAGCUAUGGCUUUAGUGUGGCAUUUGUAUGCUGAUAGUGGCUUUAAGAAACUCUGGUUUCUUAAAAUGGAAAAUCCUGAACUGAAUACGAAAUGGAUUGUCCUUACGUAGUGCCUUAGCCUUCUAACUACUCAAAGUGCAAAUUAGGGAAGCUAAAUUAAAGUGUAUUUAUCUUUUUAAAUCAAAUGAUCUGUGCUGAAUAAUAUUAAUGAUGAUUAUAAUAGUAAAGAACAUGAAUUCUAGAUUUAGAUUAGAUAUAUGCUCGUCUUUGCAGGGUAGUGUGUAUAAAAGAGGAUUAGGGCCACAAGAAAGAAAAAAAUAAAAACAGGAGGGAGAUUUUUUUUAUUUCCAUUUCGAGAUUAAAGUUGAAAUUUCGGGAUUAAAAAUCGAAAUUAAAAAGUGGAAAUUUCGACUUUAUUCAUGUCGACUUUAAACUCGAAAUUUUGACUUUAAUCUCAAAAUUUUAAUUUUUUACCUCGAGAUUUCGACAUUAUUCUCGACAUUUUAUAAUCUCGAAAUUUCGACUUUAAUCUCGAAUGUGGCUCUAAUCCUCUUCCGUAAAUACGGCAAAAGGAACAUGUAGCUCAAAAUUAAAACAAGCACAUUAAACACACAUUAAAUCACAAUAAAAACACAGGAAUAUCAAAAACAUAAACACUCUCAGACGACGUGAGCAUGGGUUACAGUCCUGAAAGUUUAUUUUCAGCCAUAAUUUUAUCUCCUGUGAUUCCUGCAGGGAGAUUUAUCCUCACAAGUAGGUCAGAGUUCAUCUUCAGGUGCACACUCUCCUAUGAGAGGCUGUCUUCCUCUUUAGCUAUACAACAGUUAACCAUGCAGGAGACAUAUGUGGGUCAGUCAGUGUUCAUAUUUCUGUUGGCCAUGUGCACAAUAAACUCCAGCUAAUCCUGAUGUGUUUUUCAGCUGUGUGCAACCCUCCCUGUAAGAACGGAGGUCAGUGUAUGAGGAACAACGUGUGCUCCUGCCCUGAAGGCUACACAGGAAAACGCUGUCAAAAGAGUGAGUACAGUCUCUGCCUGUGAACUUAGGCGCAGUCUCAUUUUGUAGUGAUGAUAAGUACCUCUAAUGAAAGUAACCUAAUGUGUAAACAAAUGUGUUUCAGGUGUAUGUGAGCCAAUGUGCAUGAAUAAAGGCAAGUGUGUGGGACCGAACACAUGCUCCUGUGCGUCAGGGUGGAGAGGCAGCAGGUGUAACAUACGUGAGUGACUCCAUGUUUGACUUUUACAGCCCAAAAACAUCACAGGUAAUAAAAAAACAGGCUUAAGUAUCCAUAAACAGUUAUUAUUUUUCAGCAAUGUGCAAAAACAACAGGAUAAAAGCCUCCAAACUGAUACGUUCUCCUCGUUUUCUAAUGUUGCUUUAAUGUAAACAUGAAUUUUCUGGUACAUUUAUGUAAAAAUCCCAUUCCUCUACAACAAUAAAAAGCAUCUCUCAUUGUGAAAUAUAUGAAACAAAAAAGGUUUAAAUGCCCAGAAGUGAGAAUGACCCUCCUAUCUCCAGUCUAGCUGCACAGGUCGAGACUGAGGGGAUACUCUGAGUGUCUGUAGAAGCAUGGCUCACAUUUUAUCAGGGUGUUAACCAGCUUUGACCCGAGGAUUAUACAGAUGGGGCUAUGACAAGGUUUUACUAUCACUUUCUGGUAUCCUAGAGUGCUAAAAAAAGGGAGAAAUAAACAAAAACCUUGGCAGAGCACCAUCAUCUUCAUCACAGAGGGGCAGAGGCUUGUUAACCUGGAGGAGGCCACCAGAGAGCGGGAAAUGAAAGUAGACCUCAGGGUGAAACUCCACUUCCUAGAGGAGCUACUGUCCAUAACUCCAAGAUCAGAUUAUCAUCCUGUGGUCUGAAAGAAAGCAAUCCCAGUGGAACUAGAGGGCUGAGAGGGACCAAACAGAAGGGGAAAAAGACAGCUGGUCCAGGACUGUCAGGAAAGAAAGGAUGUGGGAGGUUGAAGAUUUCCAGCUCAGUUAGUGUGGAACCUCAUGGCUAAAGCUGGAGUGAGGGAGAAAAGAGGUAGACUGUGGUGGGAAGUGGAGGAGACAUCAGAAAUAUGAGGGAGAUCCCCCAGAUCAAGAACUACAACUGCAGAGGAAAUCUCUGUGGAAAAGUAUUGAUGAAUGAAUCGCUGUUACAUCUGUUUUUCACCGUGUAAAGAAUAUUCAAACUAACCCUUCAGUAAAGUAAUGCAUGGUGAGGUUGAAGUUAACAUGCAGCUGCCUCAGGAGCUCAAGUUCAGGCAAAACAUCUCAGUGCCCACCAACUUAUGUCCCUUUAAAGGAAGAAUACAGAUCUAUGUUUAACAGCAGCUGCUGAGCUCUGUAAGAAGACAAUGUAAGGUUCCCUCUGCUGAGGAAUGUAUUAACCCUCCUCCUGUGUUAGGGUCUGCACCGACCGUUUUUGAUUUUAAAUGCUUAAAAGAACCACUUAUUUUAGCUUUUGUGCAUCAAAACUUUUUGACUUUGACAGGAACCUCUAUUUCAACAAAAGAAAAACAAAAAAAUUUAAUUGACUAAAUUGUAAAAUGCUCUUAAUAAAAUUAUGGCAAUUGUCGUGUUUGGGUCGCUGUUGACCCGGUUCGAUCAAUAACUAAUAAUUAGAGCAAAAACUGAAAUCAUAUGUGCACUGUCAGGCACCACACUGACAGUCAGAUCCUCUUACAAUCAUGGGAGAUUUAGGAAAUUCUCAUUUUGCCAUGUUUAUCCCUGCAUAAAAAACGUCGGGCAUGUCUAGACAUGUGAGAUCAGUUCAGUAUAGAUGUCUGUGUGAGGGGUAUACUGACCCAGGUUACCUAGAGAUGAGAACCAAAUUAGAUGAUAGAGAAAUGUUUUUAGUGUAAUUUGCCGCUGAUUUAAGACACGGGUCAAAACCGACCCUCAACAUAGUGUGUGUGUAGUAAAAGCUAACACAGGAGGAGGGUUAAUACAUUGAAGUUCAUUCCUCCCUCUCUGUUCUCUCUGUAGCUGUCUGUCUGCAAAAGUGUAAAAAUGGCGGCGAGUGUUUGGGACCGAACACCUGCCACUGUUCAGCCGGCUGGGAAGGUCUCCAGUGUCAAACACGUGAGUUUAUCUGAGAGAAGUAGUAACACUUUUUCUCACUUCAGAUUUGUUGUCUGUAUAAACACAUAAAGACUUGACGUGUUUCAUCUGCUUCUCUCCAGCGGUCUGCAAACAGCGGUGUCUGAACGGAGGGAGGUGUGUCCUCCCCGACUACUGUUACUGCCGGAAAGGCUACAAGGGCCUCACCUGUGCAAUAAAGGUACGCACUAGAGUCACACCGUAUAUACUCUAUCUAUGAAGCAAAAACACGUCUUUAUACUUCUUUGUUUCAUCUUCACAGGCAUCACAGGUAUGAUGGACAAGAAACGACAUACGGGAUGAGAGAAGCUAGAAAAAUGCACAAGAUAAGACGAGAGAGCACCGUAAACUGAGGUGUAUGUGUGUGUGUGUUUGAGUGUGUGUAUGUGUGUGUGUGAUUGUGGAUAUUGGCUCGUAUGAGUGGCUCUGUGCGCAGCGAAGGCCAGCAGAGGGGACAUGAUGUAUUGCACUUGUCUGUUCGUCCCUGUAAAUCACUACCUCAAGGCUGAGAGAGACACGCAUCUGUUAAACACAUCUGCAGUGCUUCUUCCAGAGACUGUCGACAGAGAUGUGAGUGUUUGCUG